GAAGAAACAAGAGGCGGGAACGACCAGGCGGCAUGUUAGUGAAUCAGCUUUGAAAACGAGUCUUUUUUCGUUGUAAACCUAUGUUUUUGUAUCAAUAUAAGAAGAUAACCGUAUAACUGGAGCAGGCCAGGCAUGAGUGGUGCACACCUGGACGAGUGGCAAAGGAGGUCCUUUGACAUUUCAUCUGGCAGCUGUACACCUGAACAGACGGCCGAUGCCUACCGGGCCCACAUCCUCUCCAUUCAGUAUGCAUGGGCAAGCUCCCAGGUCUCUCAGGCAGGCAUGGACAGCCUGCUUAGGACCUACUCGGAGCGCUAUGCUGCAGUCCUGGACUCGGAUGACCCCUGCAAAGGGCUCAACAACUAUGCAGAGAGCGCACUGCAUCUGGCCCGCAGUCAGAGGAACUACAGUGACAAAUGGGAGUCCUCCCUGACUGCGGAGAAUGUGAUGGAGCUACCAAGUGUGAAGAAGAUGAUUCAGGCGGUGGGAGGAGGCUCCCUGGUGGCAUCAGAAGAUGCAAACAUAUGUGUUGGGCAAGAGAGCAAAGGAAACCCUUUGUCUGCUCCAUUAACUGCUGUCAGAUCAGAUGCUGCGUUAUUUAAACCUACAGUCACACCACAGCCUAAAAAAAUAGAUUAUAACACCCCCAGUAAUCCUGCUUCUAAUUUUAUGCCAGAAAGGCCGAGAAGCUCUGAGGGUAUCUCAGGUAAUUCAAAUUCAUUCUUCCGACCCCCAGCUAGACCACAGUCAGUGUUUAGUCAUCCUUCUGCGACUCUUCCGCAGGGCAACCCAGGCCCUGCAAACGGCACACAAAAUCAUCAGCCCUCUGUCUUUUCCAGCUCCAACCCUGCUAAACGUAAGAAUUUUUACAGCCCAGACGCCGGGGAUGGUGGAAGGGGGCAACACAGAGGGCAAGCAAGCAAUGAGCCACGAGGUGGGAGCAGUUUCAAAACCGCUCGUGAGCAGUUCAUCGUUGAUCAGCAGAAAAAGCAUUCGCAGCAACCCCAGAGAGGUCAGAGCGCCGGUAUGUCAGCAGCUGUUAAGAAAUCUCUGGGUGCUAACAGACCCCGAGGGGCAUUUUCUAAAUUUGUGUCACCUAUGCCACGACAAGGAGAGGAAGAAGGUGGGGCGAGCCGGGAUUCUGCUGGGGAACCUCAGAUUCUGGAUGAGCGUCUGAAAAACUUUGAGCCAAAGAUUGUCGAGCUCAUCAUGAGUGAGAUCAUGGAUCACGGACCCCCUGUUGCUUGGGAUGACAUAGCAGGCCUGGAGUUUGCAAAGACCACAAUUAAGGAGAUUGUGGUUUGGCCCAUGCUGCGACCUGAUAUUUUUACUGGCCUCCGUGGUCCACCUAAAGGAAUCCUGCUGUUUGGACCCCCAGGUACUGGAAAAACUCUGAUAGGAAAAUGCAUAGCUUGCCAGUCCGGUGCCACCUUCUUUAGCAUCAGCGCUUCAUCGCUCACGUCCAAAUGGGUGGGCGAAGGAGAAAAAAUGGUGAGGGCCCUGUUUGCCAUUGCACGCUGCCACCAGCCUGCUGUCAUUUUCAUCGAUGAAAUUGACUCACUGUUGUCCCAGCGCACAGACGGGGAGCAUGACUCAUCACGCAGGAUAAAGACAGAGUUCCUGGUCCAGCUGGACGGGGCAGCCACGGCUGCAGAAGACCGCAUUCUGGUGGUAGGUGCCACCAACCGGCCGCAAGAGAUAGAUGAGGCUGCGCGGCGACGCCUGGCUAAAAGGUUAUACAUCCCGCUGCCUGAAGCCACCGCGCGAUGGCAGAUAGUGACCAACCUCAUGGCUCGAGAGAAGAACCAGCUGAGAGAGUCAGAGCUGGAGAGUGUGGUGACGGCUACAGAGGGCUUCUCUGGAGCUGAUAUGACUCAUCUGUGUAAAGAAGCAGCACUGGGGCCAAUCCGCAGCAUCCAGCUCAGUGACAUCGCCACGAUUACUGCAGAUGAGGUGAGACCAAUCCUCUACAGUGACUUCCAGGAAGCCCUGAGGACGGUACGGCCCAGUGUGUCAUCGAAAGACUUGGAGCUUUAUGAAGAGUGGAAUAAGACUUUUGGAUGUGGACGUUAGAUCUGGCUCUGCCACUCUAAUGUAGUUUUUGUCAUGUUGAACUGAGUCGAGAUAAAAUGUUCAACAGAAUUUUUUUGCUGUACACAGAGCGAGUGGGUGUGUAAAUACAAGAGUAUUUAACCUUUUCUCCUAAAAGAGAGAGCCCACAUUUGUUUCAAGCUUACCAAGAAUCUAAAAAAAAAAGGUCCUUUUACAGCCUGAUUUAUUACAUAAGCUCCUUCUUUUACAUGACAAGACAAGAAAAUCUUGGUUAACAGAUUUUAUGUAGUCUAAAAUACAGUUUUUUACUCAUAGUUAAAAACAGUUAUCUUUAUGCUGUAAAUUGAAGGAGUAGGAGUCCUAAAGCUUGCAUUGCUCUGAAAUGUUCUAAUCAUUGUGUGCUGCAGUAACUGUUUUGUUAAGGCGUUCGUCUCACUGUUGCUUGGUGGGUUAGGAAUGUAGACUGUGUACCAGACAAAGCACUAAUCUCUGUUUGAAUUUAUUGCAGUUAGCGUUCUUCUAAUGAUAUGGUGGCAGUAAUUUAACAGUACAUUUAGUGUUACUGACCUGUGAUAUACUCUUACCUGUUGGUCUAAUAUUGCAAUUUCCCUUGAUUUUGUUGUUUCUAAUAAUUGCAAUCCAG